AUGGAUUCUUCAUCAUUCUUUCAGUACCCAGGUCUCCAUUUCUCUCCUGAACCAUCUUCUUCCUAUGUUUCUCAAGAAAACUUCGCACCGGCCCUUCCUUUCAACGAAAACGAUUCCCAGGAAAUGCUUCUUUUCGGAGUUCUAAAUCAAGUACUCCCAGAAAACUCCAUUAAUAAAACCUCCGACGAUCAUGAAGUGGAAUCGAAAGAGAUUUCAUACAGAGGAGUAAGGAAGAGGCCGUGGGGAAAAUAUGCGGCUGAGAUAAGGGAUUCGACCAGGAAUGGUGUUAGAGUUUGGAUUGGAACUUUUGAUACUGCUGAGGCUGCUGCUUUAGCCUAUGAUCAAGCUGCAUUGGCAAUGCGAGGUCCAAUGACCAAACUCAAUUUCCCCAUUGAUCAAGUUCACAAGUCACUUCAGGAAAUGAACUAUGGAUUCCAACAAGGUUGUUCUCCUGUUUUGACGAUGAAGGAAAGGUAUUCUAUGAAGCGCAAACGACCGGAGACCAAGAAAAUCAAGCAAGAGAAGAUGGAUAAUAUGAUCGUGUUUGAGGAUUUGGGUUCUGAUUAUUUGGAGGAACUUCUAAGUAUAUCUGACAGUGCAACUCACUGGCGAAUAAUUUAG